UGCUUUCAGCUUUGUCUUCUGAAGAGAAGGAGUCUUGUUUCUGUUACUUCUGAUAUGUUGUUUACAGAAGAAAACGUUGAUAAAGAUACUGAAAGUGGUUUAAAUAUUUUCCAUGCAUUUGACAAAGGAAAGGGCAAUGCAAUGGUAGACAACAGAGCCUGCAAUAAACCUGUCGAAAAAUAUUGAGUGAUUGAUAUUGUGUAGCUUCUUGCCAGAGUGAGUUUGUUGCUCGUGUGUAACCUAUCUGUUGAAGCCUCUCCUGUACUCUUGAUGUGUGAUUGCAGUAGAAAAAUCUCCUCAAUUUUUGCGAAAACCUUCUGAAGUUAGCAAGCAAGCCCUCAGCAUGACCAAUACACAGCUAUGGUUCCGCGGCGUGCGCAGUUCCAAGUUCCGUCACGUGUUCGGGCUGCCGGCGAAACGGGAGCGCUGCUACGACAACGUGAAGAUCACCCGCAACGCACACGACUCGCACUUCUGCGCCGUCAACCCCAAGUUCGUCGCCAUUGUCACCGAGGUGGCCGGCGGGGGAGCCUUCCUUGCAUUGCCCAUCGAUAGGGUCAGUAAUAAGGGCGGUUUAGAAAUAUUUUAUAGUAGAAUAGUAGCGGUAGUAAACCGGCUAACAUAUAACUUGCCGGAAGCAGUGCGCUGUCCUAAUAUCAAGUUGUGGUACAUUCCUGACGGAGGCCUGAGCAGUCACCUGACAGAAUGGCUGAUAGACUUGCACGGUCAUAAGCGCAGAGUGAAUGAUGCAAAUUAUUUGAAUGAUUGUUGUUUGCAGAUCAAGUUGUGGUACAUUCCUGACGGAGGCCUGAGCAGUCACCUGACAGAAUGGCUGAUAGACUUGCACGGUCAUAAGCGCAGAGUCGGUUACAUAGAGUGGCAUCCCACUGCCGAGAAUAUUCUAGUCAGCGCUGGGUUCGAUCAUUUGAUAAUAUUGUGGGACGUUGGCAAGGGGGAGGCGCUGAACGUGAUUGACUGUCACCGGGAUGUCAUCUACUCGCUCUCAUUCAACAGAGAUGGAAGCAGGCUGGCCACCACCUGCAAGGACAAGAAGUUGAGGAUCAUUGACCCCAGGAGUGGAUUCGUCAUAUCGGAAGGCACAUGCCACCUAGGCACGAGGUCGAGCAAGGUUGCCUAUCUGGGCAGCAGCGGUCGACUGGUGACGACUGGCUUCGCGCGCUACUCGGACCGGCAGAUAGCUAUCUGGUCGGAGGACAAUCUGGCAACGCCGCUGCAUGUCGAGACGGUCGACUCGUCGUCUGGCGUCAUAUUCCCCUACUACGACCCCGACACCAGUAUGCUGUAUCUGGCCGGCAAGGGCGAUGGCAACAUUCGCUACUACGAAGUGGUCGAUGAGGCGCCAUGGAUACAUUUCCUCAGCCAGUAUCUUUCUGGUUCACCUCAGCGAGGUCUGGGCUUCAUUCCAAAGAGAGGCUGUGAUGUGACUCAGUGCGAGGUGUUUAGAUUCUACAAGUUGCAUGCCACUAGGGGCAUGUGUGAACCGAUCUCCAUGAUUGUUCCCAGAAAGAGUGACCAAUUCCAAGAGGACCUGUACCCAGAUACUGCUGCCCCUGUGCCGGCGUUGAGUGCCUCUGAUUGGCUCAACGGCAUCAACCGGGCCCCUGUCCUCAUGUCCAUGAAAACAGGUGUGACAGUUCGCACGCACAAGCCUAAGGCGUUUAAGGGCAGCGACGCAGCUAGGGCAGCCUCCUCAGACAACAAUCUACGCAUGAAGUUCGCCUUCCUUUCCAAGGAGACUAUCCCCGAUUAUCGACCUCUCGAGGAUGUAGUGAAGAAAACUGCCGUACCUGAUGUAAUUCCGAAUAUAUUGUCCAACAGUAACCUAAUUCAUUACAUUACCACCCAGCCCGCAUUGGGCUUACCAGAAAGUGAGAAAAGUCAGAAGACAUCUAGCAACCAAAGCACAAAGUUUCAGCAGCUACAACAAAUGUUCGGAAAUAGCAUCGUACAGAAUGAAGAUGACGACCUGAGUGAGAAAAUCAUGAAUAUCAAAGUACCCGAACGAGAUGACUUCGAAGAAAGCCCAAAGAAUGAAUAUCAGUUGCAACGAGCCUACAGCCGGCAGUGCGAAGAGCUGAAACUGCUUCGCCGCCAGCUGGCCAGUCGAGAUCGGCGCAUUCAGGACCUCGAACAGCUCAUCACCAAACUGCAACAACAGCGCAAACUCAAGCAGUAAACAGCUGAUCAGCCCACAACAGUAAACAGCUGAUUUUCGUCAAACGUCUGCAAUGCAGCAAGUUGAGGAGGUUCGAGUGAGUUCCCUUUGUUCAUUACCUCAAAUCGUUGAGAAUUCAUCAGCUUUUCUGUUCCUUGGGUCCGUUCACAUUCACCGAUUGUCGGCCGACACCCAGAAUAUUGUGCUCUGAUUCUGAGUGUCACACAACAGUGACAGUGAACAGCGAAAAUACAAUUGCCAUAAGUUCUGAUGGGAUUAUUCGCUCACUCGCUCGGUCGGGCUCAAUACGAAUAGCCCAAUUAGAAUGCGUGACAAUUAUAUGUUCACAGUUCACCGUCACUGUUCUGUGCGAAUCUAGCUUCAAUGUCGUCACGUCCGACAAUUGGCCAAAAGAGUGAAAAGUUGCUGAUUGAGACCCUUUCCAAUGAAUAUAACUGAGUCCUUAGUAGUAGCUCAUACGCGCCGGAGAGAUACAAGUUCUGCAGGAGAAGCCUUCAGGCGUAUAUACUGCAGGGAAGGAUGAUGGAUGCUCCUACACCUCCAACUAUUGCCAUUGUAUCAGCUGUUUUUAGUUUAGAGUGUAGAAAUAUCUGAUAGUGCGAAAUUUAUAGAUUUCCCUGUAUGCAUUGCGGCAAGCCUUAAAGAUUGUUUGUAGAAAUUGAGAUUAAAAUGAGGGUCUUAUGAUCACUAAUCCUUGUGACAAGUUGAGAAUGUAACGGCUAUUUUAUGGCAACAGUAAUUAGCUGAUACUGUGCGAAUGUAAUACUUGCGGGAAUAGUAAUUUGCUGUAUUACAACCAUAUUGUUGUAGUAUAAAACCAAGAUUGAUGAUUGGUAAGAAGCUUCUCAUGAAUUUCUGAUUAAGAUUAGAAACUACAGUUUUAGAUGGGUUCUAAAAUAAUAUUUUUAAAUUUAGUUGAAAUAAUUGAAAUGCUGCCUGCUGCGAACAAAUGUAUUAGCACUCUUUCAGUAGCGUAUGUCGUAUGAGACUGUAUUCAGAUUAAUUUGACGAUUUUAAAGGCAUGUAAUUUGAAGUCUUCUACUAUUUGAAUAACUCUGUAAUUUGAUGUCUAGAUUUAUCCAUAUUAGGUUGUUGAAAUAAUUAUUAGAAUGUGUGAUGCAAGUAAUUAGUUUCAGAACAAUAUAUCUGAAAAUUAAGAAAAGUUUUAUUCCCGUAUGCACAGUGAAG